AUGGAUUUCCUUCUUAUUGGUCUCUGUUUAAACUGGCUGCUGAGGAAGCCCCCGGGGUUGAUAUUGUGUACGCUGGGUAUCUUUUCUAAAAUGCUUCCAGCCGUGAAUAGUGGGUGUCCACAGCUAUGUCGGUGUGAGGGCAGGCUUUUGUACUGUGAAUCACUGAAUCUUACAGAGAUGCCUCGCAACCUGUCGGGCAUGAUGGGCUUGUCUCUGCGGUACAACAGCCUUUCAGAGCUGCAUGAUGGACAGUUCACAGGGUUAAUGCAGCUCACGUGGCUCUAUCUGGAUCACAAUCACAUUUGCUCAGUGGAGGGGAAUGCCUUUCAAAAAUUGCGGCGAGUUAAAGAGCUCACCCUGAGUUCCAACAAAAUAACCCAACUGCCCAACACCACUUUCCGACCCAUGCCAAACUUGCGCAGUGUGGAUUUAUCAUACAACAACCUACAGUCUUUGGAGCCUGACCUGUUUCACGGGCUGAGAAAACUAACAACUUUGCACAUGCGGUCGAACGCCAUCAAGUUCGUGCCAGUGAGAAUUUUUCAGGACUGUCGCAGCCUGAAGUUUCUAGACAUAGGAUACAAUCAGUUAAAGAGCCUGGCUCGAAACUCUUUUGCAGGCUUGUUCAAACUCACUGAGCUGCACCUCGAGCACAAUGACUUGGUGAAGGUGAAUUUAGCCCAUUUUCCCAGGCUCAUCUCCCUGCACUCUCUCUGCUUGCGAAGGAAUAAAGUUACCAUCGUAGUAAACACUUUGGACUGGAUAUGGCAACUGGAAAAAAUGGAUCUCUCCGGCAACGAAAUCGAAUACAUCGAACCUCACGUUUUCGAAAGCGUACCUCACCUCAAAUCCCUGCAGCUGGACUCCAACCGGCUGACCUACAUCGACUCCCGAGUCCUCGACUCCUGGAAGUCCCUCACUAGCAUCAGCCUUUCUGCGAACGCCUGGGAUUGCAGCCGUAACGUUUGCGCCCUGGCCUCCUGGCUGAGCAACUUCAAGGGUCGCUACGACAGCAAUCUGCUCUGUGCCACCCCUGAGUACGCACAGGGCGAGGAUGUUUUGGACGCCGUCUACGCUUUUCACUUGUGUGAAGAUGCGGCGGACCCAACGAGCGUUAACACCCUCUCGCCGGUAACGAACAACAGCGACCAAACCUUCAGCUACGGCUCUGCCACCGCCACGUACGACGUGCAGGACAGCGAAGGGGACCGAACGACCUACGCCAUAACCAUGACCAUGCCUGGCGAGAACUCGGAGAACGCCGUUCAGAUUCACAAGGUGGUGACGGGGACCAUGGCACUGAUUUUUUCCUUCCUCAUCGUGGUUUUAGUGUUGUACGUCUCCUGGAAGUGCUUUCCAGCCAGCUUAAGGCAACUAAGACAGUGCUUUGUAACACAGCGCAGAAAGCAGAAGCAAAAACAGACCAUGCAUCAAAUGGCUGCCAUGUCAGCCCAGGAGUAUUACGUUGAUUACAAACCCAACCACAUUGAGGGAGCCCUGGUGAUCAUUAAUGAGUACGGAUCUUGUUCCUGUCACCAGCAGCCAGCGAGGGAAUGCGAGGUGUGAUUUUCCUUGGGGAUUUAAACAGUGUGCAACCAAAUAACAGCGUGCAGGCAGACAGUGGCGCGGGGGGGGGGGGUUGCUGUGCUUUGCUGGUGAUUUCUGACACGCUCCUCUGCCGAAAUUGUUAAGAGGGGCUGUCUAAAAGACUUGAUAUUUUAGCUUUAUCGUGUCUUAAAAAUCUUCAGGACAGUCAAUCUUAAGAUUUCAUAUGCUAAUACUCCCUUUGAAGAUCUGUCAAUAUUCAGGAAUCUGAGAGUGUAAAAAGGUACCAAUUAUUGAUCUUUUGUAAACUAAGAAAACUGUUUAAAAUAAAAAAAAAUAGCAUUUACAGUU